UACUUAAACGUUAUCAGUGGAUCCAUUACGUCGGAAAUGAGUGAUAUCCUCCACCUUCUAUAUCCUUGAGCUUUGUCUUUCAUUCAGCCCUAUAAUCCUUUUACUAGGUAUCGACAUCGCCUUCCAAUAUUCAUCAAAUACAUGGCGCCAUCCAUAGUACAUCUACCGGACGGCCAGAGCUUCACGGUUCAACCUGUAUUCUCUGGCCUAUUCUUCAAAUCUCACGAAAUAAACAACCACGCACCAUUCCCUGCUGGCUGGACCGUUGUCUUACAUAGCGAAGAUCGUCCCGAAGACCAUCUGCACAACCUCACUCUCCAAGACGAUGACAGUGAGCCCCGUUCCAGACGAAGUCAUAUUCACAGGUAUAGCCAGCCGACCUUGCAAAAUGACACCAUCUUCAUCUCUUCUAUCUCGAGCCCCUCGAGCAGUGAAUUUAAACCCCACGCCAGCCAGUCGCGACAAAUAGCCAUGAUGAUAUGGAUAUCGCUGUACUGGUAUUUUCAACAAACUGAACCGUCGCCGUAUGUCUUGACUGAACAGUCGAAACAUGCUCCGCCAGAGGCAAGACCAAGGGGCGAGUGGCGCAUUCGGGUCAAGAGAGAAGGUGUCCUGCGCACGCGAAACAUGAUCCCAAAGCUGGAGAGGAUGGGCUUAAUAUCGACUUUGGAUUCAGCUGUCGGAGAGAACUCCAGCGACCAUAAUCAUGGAUGGGAUCACAUGUUCGUUACCCGACGCAUGUUCUGGCAGAUCCAUACUGGCCUAUUUCUCUUCAGCCUGCAGCCACUGAAGCACAGCUCUUAUCCUGGAACGCCGAGCAACAGCCGACCUACUUCACCAGUUAGGAGCGAGACAGGUCAACUGUCAUCCUUAUCCAACGCCUUAACCCCGGAGCUACCACCCUCCCCCAUCGGGCCAUAUCAUUCAUCGUCGCACUUACCAACCUACUAUCCUCCGCCGCCAUUGCAGUAUGUACUUACUAACAAUGUCCGACAUCCACUACGGCAGAAGCCGCCGCAUAUGGGCGAGGUCUUCUACACGCGGUUUAUACCAAGCGUGGGAAAGUACCUUUCAUUCCGCGUGGCGUCACUCUCCCCAAAGCCUGUACCAUGUCUUGGGCCUGUCGGACCAGGUGAAAAGGAGCAUACUCAUUUAAAUACCUUGUCCGAUUGCUCGCUCCUUCAAAUGUGGCUGUCAACCCCUAGAGUUGCGUCAUUCUGGGGUCAGUAUCAGCCUAACUUCCUCUCAAAUGCUCUGCAGUCGCGCCACUCGUUUCCGGCUAUCGGGAUGUGGGAUGGUGUACCGUUCGGAUACUUUGAAAUAUACUGGGUAAAGGAAGAUAACUUAGGCCGCUAUAUGGGCAACGACGUACAGGAUUUCGAUCGGGGAAUACACGUUUUUAUCGGCGAAGAGUGGGCUAGAGGGAGGGUGCAGCAGUGGCUUUCGAGUCUUGCCCAUUGGUGCUUCCAAGCAGACUAUCGCACAAUGAACAUCUGCCUUGAGCCUAGGGUGGAUAACGCAAGGUUUAUUCAGCAUCUUCAAUUCGGAGGAUUUGCGAAGGAAAGGGAGUUAUCAUUCCCACAUAAAAGAGCAUGGCUAUGUCGGCUACGAAGAGAUGCCUGGGAGGGACCAGCAAUGUGAGGACGGAAGGUUUGUUCAUGGCACCGAUGGUUUAAUUUCUUUUGCAUAUGGUGGCGUGGUCAUACGGCCUCCAUGCUUUCCAGACGAGCAAGCGAUGCAUGCAUUUUCGUGAAAGGCGCCUAUGCAUAUGCGCCUAGGGGAAAGGCGAUGUUAGACUUGAUUUUUAGUCACAUCUCGAUUUCAGCUCUCGACCGCCCUAACGAAUUAAGAGCUAUCAUUUUUACACAAGAAAGCACUAGGUAAACGAUGGAUCUUCUAACAAGAAACUGCUGAUCUCAACUCAGCUAUGAUUAGACUACACACCGAUAAUGGCCGAAGCAAAUAUUCACAUUUCAACAAAACUCAUGAUUCGUGUCGUCGUUUGACUCCUAAUUUGUUUCCAGGACUCGUGAAACGUUCCUUAUGCAAACACCCGAUGCUCGCGUAACUAGCCGUUGAUACGCGCGCUCGGGACCGAGAGCUUCGGGGCUAAGACAGUGGCGUAGGCCGUUCUUAAUUAGAUUGACUUCAUCGAUAGGGUUCAGACGUUUCCUUCGCUGUUUUACUGCGC